AAUCAAUUGGUCCAUCUUAAAAAAUAAAUAUCAAUUUAUUGAAUUUAAUCGUUUUUUGAUUAAACGUAAAAAAAGUAGGGAUAAACUCAACUGAAUUUACGCAAGGUAUUACGAUUGAUUUCGAAUUUCGAGCAGACAGUAGACAGUCAUCAGCACAGGACACAAGUCAUUGUGAAAAUAAUAUUAUAAAAAUGGAUAUUGUUAUAGUUGGUGGUGGUUUGGUUGGUGCAUUAGCUGCAUGUGCAUUAGCAAAACGUGGUCAUAAAAUUCAAGUCUACGAAUAUCGUUCUGAUAUACGUAUUAAAAAAUCACAAGGACAAAGUAUUGAUCUUGCAUUGUCAAUACGUGGCAGAGAAGCAUUGAGACUUGUUGAUGUUGAAGAUAAAAUAGUCAAUCAUCAUGGUAUUGCAAUGAAAGGACGUAUGUUACAUGGAAAAAAUGGAAAUUUACGUCAAAUGAUUUAUGAUCCUGUAAAUAAAAAUCAAAUUUAUUCAGUAAGUCGUGAAUAUUUGAAUCAAGCACUUUUAGAUGCUGCUGAUCAAUAUCAAACAGUGACUUUGAUAUUCAAUAAAAAAUUAAUCAAUGCCAAUCUUGACGAAGGAAAACUCGAGUUCAUUGAUACAAUAACAUCGGAAAUAAUAAAUAUUAAAGCUGAUUUUAUAAUUGGAGCUGAUGGAGCAUAUUCAACUGUUAGAAAAACAAUGAUGAAACGUCCAGGUUUUAAUUUUUCACAGACUUAUAUUGAGCAUGGUUACAUUGAGCUUAAUAUACCAGCUAAAAAAAUUGACGAAUUAAAUUCAAACAGCAAAGUUGAGUUUUGUAUGAGCUCAAAUCAUCUUCAUAUAUGGCCAAGAGGUACAUUUAUGAUGAUUGCACUUCCAAAUGAUGAUUACACAUUUACUGGAAAUUUAUUUGCUCCACUUGAAAUAUUAAAUAGUCUUGAUACAGCAGAAAAACUAUUAAAUUUUUAUGAAAAAGAAUUUCCGGAUUUAAUAACAAUAAUUGGUGGAAGAGAUAUAUUAAUGAAUAAUUUAUCAAUGAUUAAACCAAAACCAUUGAUAUCAAUUAAAUGUAAUAUUUAUAAUGCUGGUAAAAGUUUAAUAAUUGGUGAUGCUGCUCAUGCAAUGGUACCAUUUUAUGCUCAAGGAAUGAAUACAGCAUUUGAAGAUGUAUUAGUUUUAAAUGAAUUAAUGGAUCUGUACAAUGAUAAUCUUGAAAAAGUUUUACCAGCAUUUUCUCAAAUAAGAUGUCCUGAUGCUCAUGCCAUUUGUGAUUUGGCAAUGUACAAUUAUAUUGAGAUGCGAGAAUUAGUGAUGAAAAAAUCAUUUAUUUUGAGAAGAAAAUUGGAUACUGUUCUUUAUUGGAUUUUUGGAAAAAGAUGGACACCAUUGUAUAAUACUGUUCAUUUUAGUCGUAUGAAUUUUCGUGAUUGCAUGGAAAAUAAAUCUUGGCAAGAUAAAAUUAUUCAACGAAGUUUUUGGUGUCUUAGUGCAUCAUUUUCUUUGGCUGUACUAUUCAUUUCCAUAAAAUUUCAGAAAAUACAAUUGAUUUCACUAAAUCAAUGAAAAAAUAUUUGCGAAAUCAUCAAUGGUUGUUAAUGAAUGUAAAACAAUUUUUUUUUUUAAAUUUCGACAAGUUAUCAAAUUAAAAAAAAUGUAUUUUAGUAAAAAAAAAUAAAAAUUUCUCUCCAUUGAUGAAUACUUUUUAUCACUACAAGAAACAUCAAGAGGAUCAUAACUAUAUAAAGCGAUGAUUAAAAAUUUAUAAAUUUUAAACACGAUAUAUUUUCAAACUCUGGCAUGCCAAGUACAAGCUGCCGCUAAUGUUGGAUAAAAAGAAAAAUAUAUCAUCUUGAUAGAGUAAUAAUAAGAUAACUUUGUUCAGCGAUUGGAUAGGUAGUUCUCCAAACACAUUUAAAUUCAAUUUAACAAAAAAAUGUUAUUAUUAAAUCAUAGUCCAUAUAGGUACAAUAUUAUUACCUUUAUCAAAUUAUACACUUUAAAUAAUUCAUAAGACUUCUAGAAUUUAAUUUAUUAAUAAUCUACC